CGGGGGGCGGGGGGCCAUGGCGGAGCGGCCGCCUUGCAGGGGGCUCCAGAGCCGGCCGCGGCUACUGCUGCUGCUCCUGUUCCUCCUCCUCUCUUUGUUCCCUCUCAGCCUGGAGGAGCCGGGGGGCAGCAGCGACGAAGGCCGCGGCCUCAGGGCCCGGGAAGAAGGGGCCAAGGGACCCGGGGAACGGGGCGCCCGUGGAACCUUAGCUCUUUGUCCCGAGAUUCGUGGAGCCCCGGAGGCUGUUGGCGGCGGCGGUGUCGCCUCCCCCCGGAACCCUACGACCCCGGAGGGACAGCAGCCUGGGGAGGGAGUGAAGGGCCCAGGAACUAGGAGCGGUGGCCGUGUACCCUCAGGGCUCCCCAGGAGUGGCCGGGGUGCCUUGGGUCUGCGCCACAUCGAACAGGGCUCUCAGCCCGGGGAGGGGUCCCCGGGGACAGGCUCUAGGGAGGAGCGGUCAUCGGGAACGGGGUCCGGUCUACCGCUAUGUUGGGCUCGGGAGGUCAUAUCCUGCGGAAGGCCGGGUCCGGGGCGCUGUCUAGCGUUUGGGGGUCAGUCCCCGGGGCCCUUGGCCUCUGGGCGGGGAGGCCCGCCCCAUGCCGGUAGUCUCUCCACGGCUCUUCCCUCCAGGCUCCGCUUUCCCAGGUCCCCUCAGGCUUCAGAGCCUGGUCAGAAAGUGCGUAGAGGUGGCCGGGAGCGGCUGGGGACGGCGCAGGCUGUGAGCUGUGGCGCGGAAGCAUCCCGGCUGCGGCGAGUUGGAGAGCCGGAUUCAGCACCACGAGCGGCGGGGACAGCUCCCGAGACCGGAGCCCAGCGCAGGCGCCUCCGCCCGCCCGGCUUGCUCUGCUGUGCGCCCCCCAGCGUCCCCCGUGCCCGUUCCCGACGUGCCGCGAACCGCCACCCUCACUUUCCCCAGUACAAUUACCAAGCACAGGUGGCGGAGAACCAAGCACCAGGCACUCCCGUGCUGAUCGUGGCAGCCCAGGACCCGGACGCAGGGGAGGCCGGCAGGCUGAUCUACUCCAUGGCAGCGCUGAUGAACAGUCGCUCCAUGGAACUGUUCCGCAUUGAUGCCACAAGCGGCCUGAUUAGCACUGCCGAGCCACUGGACCGCGAGAGCAUGGACCUACACUACUUCCGAGUGACAGCUCUGGAUCAUGGCUCUCCGCGCUUGUCUGCCACUACCAUGGUGGCUGUCACGGUGGCUGAUCGUAACGAUCAUUCACCCGUAUUCGAGCAGGCAGAAUAUCGGGAGACAAUUCGGGAGAAUGUGGAGGAGGGGUACCCCAUACUGCAGUUGCGAGCCACUGACGGUGAUGCAGCCGCAAAUGCCAAUAUUCGAUACCGUUUUGUGGACCCACCUGCUGCACAGGCUGUCUUUGAGAUUGACCCUCGCUCAGGUCUCAUUACCACUAGCGGUAGAGUGGACAGGGAGCAGAAGGAGAACUAUGAGCUGGCUGUGGAAGCCAGUGACCAGGGCGGGGAGCCAGGGCCCCGUUCUGCCACCGUGCGUGUGCAUAUCACUGUCCUAGAUGAGAAUGACAAUGCCCCCCAGUUUAGUGAAAAACGAUACCUGGCCCAAGUAAGGGAGGAUGUGCGUCCACAUACAGAGGUGCUCCGGGUUACAGCCACAGACCUCGACAAGGACACUAAUGCCCUGGUCCAUUACAAUAUCAUCAGUGGCAAUAGUCGGGGUCACUUUGCCAUUGACAGUCUCACUGGUGAGAUCCAGGUGGUGGCCCCACUAGACUUUGAAGUAGAGCGAGAGUAUGCCUUGAGGAUCCGAGCUCAGGACUCAGGGAGACCUCCUCUAUCCAACAAUACUGGCUUAGCUAGUAUUCAGGUGGUGGACAUCAAUGAUCAUGCUCCCAUCUUUGUCAGCACCCCCUUCCAGGUGUCUGUACUAGAAAAUGCCCCUCUGGGCCACUCAGUCAUUCACAUCCAAGCUGUGGAUGCUGACCAUGGGGAGAAUGCCCGGCUGGAAUACAAACUGACUGGCAUGGCCCUGGACACACCCUUUGUAGUCAACAGUGCCACAGGCUGGAUUACAGUAAGUGGGCCCCUGGACCGGGAAUCUGUAGAGCAUUACUUUUUUGGGGUGGAGGCCCUGGAUCAUGGUUCACCCCCACUUUCUGCCUCAGCUAGUGUUACUAUUACUGUUAUGGAUGUGAAUGACAAUCGACCAGAAUUCACCCAGAAGGAGUAUCACCUUCGGCUGAAUGAGGAUGCAGCUGUGGGCACCAGUGUCCUUAGUGUGACUGCUGUAGAUCGAGAUAUCAACAGUGCUAUCAGCUACCAGAUCACGGGGGGCAAUACCCGGAAUCGUUUUGCUAUCAGCACACAGGGGGGUAUGGGACUGGUCACAUUGGCCUUGCCCUUAGACUAUAAGCAGGAGAGGUACUACAAGCUAAUAUUGACUGCUUCAGACCGUACCCUCCAUGACAACUGCUAUGUGCACAUCAACAUCACUGAUGCCAAUACUCACAGACCAGUCUUCCAAAGUGCCCACUAUUCGGUCAGUGUGAAUGAGGACAGGCCUGUGGGCAGCACAGUGGUGGUCAUCAGUGCCACAGAUGAUGAUGUGGGUGAGAAUGCUCGAAUCACCUAUCUCUUGGAGGACAACCUUCCCCAGUUUCGAAUUGAUGUGGACUCUGGAGCUAUCACACUGCAGGCUGAGCUAGACUAUGAGGACCAGGUGACUUAUACACUUGCCAUAACAGCUAAGGAUAAUGGUAUCCCUCAGAAGGCUGAUACCACCUAUGUAGAGAUCAUGGUCAAUGAUGUGAAUGACAAUGCUCCUCAGUUUGUGGCCUCUUACUACCCUGGUGUUAUUUCUGAAGACGCUCCUCCCUUCACCAGUGUACUGCAAAUCUCAGCUACUGACCGGGAUGCCCAUGCCAAUGGCCGUGUUCAGUACACUUUCCAGAAUGGCGAGGAUGGUGAUGGUGACUUCACUAUUGAGCCCACCUCAGGUAUUGUCCGAACAGUACGGCGGCUAGAUAGGGAGAGUGUUCCUGUGUAUGAACUUACUGCCUAUGCUGUGGACCGGGGUGUUCCCCCACUUAGGACCCCUGUUAACAUUCAAGUAACUGUCCAGGAUGUUAAUGACAAUGCCCCAGUCUUCCCAGCAGAAGAGUUUGAGGUCAGGGUGAAGGAGAACAGCAUAGUAGGCUCAGUCGUGGCCCAGAUCACUGCGAUUGACCCUGAUGAGGGCCCUAAUGCCCAGGUCAUGUAUCAGAUUGUAGAGGGCAACAUCCCAGAACUCUUCCAGAUGGACAUCUUCUCUGGAGAGCUGACAACUCUCAUUGACCUGGACUAUGAGGUACGACCUGAGUAUGUGAUUGUGGUGCAAGCAACCUCAGCUCCCCUGGUCAGCAGGGCUACUGUCCAUAUCCGCCUCAUAGACCAGAAUGACAAUAGCCCUGUCCUCAAGAACUUCCAAAUUCUUUUCAAUAAUUAUGUGUCCAACCGGUCUAACACUUUUCCAUCUGGCAUCAUUGGGAAGAUCCCGGCCUAUGACCCUGAUGUCUCUGACCGACUUUUUUAUACCUUUGAGCGAGGCAAUGAACUAGAGCUGCUUGUAGUAAACCAGACCAGCGGGGAGCUUCGACUCAGCCGGAAGUUGGAUAAUAAUCGUCCACUGGUGGCUUCCAUGCUUGUGACAGUCACAGACGGUCUCCAUAGCGUGACGGCACAGUGCGUGUUGCGGGUGACCAUCAUCACUGAGGACAUGCUGGCCAACAGCCUGACUGUGCGCUUGGAGAACAUGUGGCAGGAGCGCUUCCUGUCCCCGCUCCUGGCCAGCUUCCUGGAGGGGGUCGCCACCGUGCUGGCUACGCCCAAGGAGGACGUGUUCAUCUUUAACAUCCAAAACGACACGGACGUGGGCGGCUCGGUGCUCAACGUGAGUUUCUCGGCGCUGGCGCCGGGAGGGGGAGCCCCCGGGGCAGGUGGUGGCGGGGGCCCCUUCUUCAGCUCCGAGGAGCUACAGGAGCAGCUGUACGUGCGCCGAGCCGCCCUGGCUGCCGCCUCGCUCCUCGACGUGCUGCCCUUCGACGACAACGUCUGCCUGCGGGAGCCCUGCGAGAACUACAUGAAGUGCAUCUCCGUGCUGCGCUUCGACUCGUCCGCGCCCUUCCUGGCCUCCGCCUCCACCCUCUUCCGGCCCAUCCACCCCAUCGCCGGCCUUCGCUGCCGCUGCCCGCCGGGCUUCACGGGCGACUACUGCGAGACCGAGAUCAACCUGUGCUACUCCAACCCGUGCCGCAACGGGGGCGCCUGCGCGCGGCGCGAAGGCGGCUACACCUGCAUCUGCCGCCCGCACUUCACAGGUGAGAACUGUGAACUGGAUAGCCGAGCUGGCCGAUGUGUGCCUGGUGUAUGCCGAAAUGGUGGGACUUGCACCAAUACACCUUCUGGUGGCUUCCGUUGCCAGUGCCCAGGGGGCGGGGGCUUCGAGGGGCCCUACUGUGAGGUAGCUGUCCGAUCCUUCCCUCCUAACUCCUUCCUCAUGUUCCGGGGCCUGCGCCAACGAUUUCACCUCACUCUAUCCCUCUCGUUUGCCACAGUGCGGUCCCAUGGACUCCUCUUCUACAAUGGCCGCCUCAAUGAGAAACAUGAUUUUCUUGCCUUGGAAAUUGUUGCAGGACAAGUGAGGCUCACCUACUCCACGGGGGAAUCAAGCACGGUAGUGAGCCCCAUAGUGCCCAGUGGUGUGAGUGAUGGGCAGUGGCAUACAGUGCAGUUGAGAUACUACAACAAGCCCCGGACCAGUGCCCUAGGUGGGGUUCAGGGCCCUUCCAAGGACAAAGUGGCUGUGCUGAGCGUGGAUGAGUGUGACACUCCCGUGGCCCUGCAAUUUGGGGCCGAGAUCAGCAACUACUCAUGUGCAGCUGAGGGUGUCCAGACCAGUUCCAAGAAGUCACUGGAUCUGACUGGACCCUUGCUCUUGGGUGGGGUCCCCAACCUGCCUGAGAAUUUCCCUGUGUCCCACAAGGAGUUUGUAGGCUGCAUGAGAGAUUUGUUCAUCGACAGCCGCCGUGUGGAUAUGGCAGCAUUUGUGGCCAACAAUGGCACCACUCCUGGCUGCCAGGCCAAACGAGCCUUCUGUGUAUCUGGCCCCUGCCACAAUGGUGGUACCUGCUCUGAUGGCUGGGCUGGCUUCCGAUGUGAUUGCCCUGUGGGCUUCGGGGGAAAAGACUGUGGGCUUGCCAUGGUCCAUCCCUACCAUUUCCGUGGCAAUGGAGCCCUGAGCUGGGACUUUGGGAGUGAAGUGACUAUUUCUGUGCCCUGGUACGUGGGGCUAGCAUUCCGGACACGGGCGCCACAUGGGGUCUUGCUGCAGAUUCAGGCUGGACAGCACAGUUCCCUCCUGUGCCAGCUGGAAAGGGGACUCUUGUCCUUGGUGGUGGACAGGGGCUCCGGCCGAACUGCCCGCCUUCUGCUGGACCAGGUGACACUCAAUGACGGGAGGUGGCAUGAUAUCCGGCUGGAACUGCAGGAUGGACGAGCUGGUCGGUCUGGACACUAUCUUCUCACCAUCACAGUGGAUUUUGGCCUCUUCCAGGACACCAUGGCAGUGGGGAGUGAGCUGCAUGGGCUCAAGGUGAAGCACCUCCACAUUGGGGGUCUGCUCAAGGCCCAUGAUGCCCACCGGGGCCUUGAUGGAUGUAUCCAGGGAGUGUGGCUGGGCACUGUGCCAUCAGGGGCCCCAGCCCUCCCUCCACCCAGCAGUAAGGUGAACGCAGAGCCGGGUUGCAGUGUGCUUAGUGCCUGUGCCUCCAAGCCCUGCCCUCUGCACGCUGACUGCCGAGACGAGUGGCAGACCUUCUCCUGCGUCUGCCACCCAGGUUACUAUGGGCAGGCCUGCGUGGAUGCCUGCCACCUGAAUCCCUGUAAGAACAAGGGUUCCUGCCAGCGGCGGGCGGGUGCGCCUCAUGGUUACACUUGUGAGUGUGAAGAUGGCCACUUUGGACCCCACUGUGAGCACAGAGUGGACCAACAGUGUCCUCGGGGCUGGUGGGGGAGCCCAGCCUGUGGCCCCUGCAACUGUGAUGUCAACAAGGGCUUUGAUCCAGAUUGUAACAAGACCAAUGGGCAGUGUUAUUGUAAGGAGUUCCAUUACCGACCCCGGGGGACUGACACCUGCCUCCCCUGUGACUGCUAUCCUGUGGGCUCCUCUUCACGCUCCUGCUCCCAGGAUAGCGGGCAAUGCCCCUGCCGGCCCGGAGUCAUCGGCCGGCAGUGCAACAGCUGCGACAGCCCCUUUGCUGAAGUCACCGCCAGCGGCUGCCGGGUACUUUAUGAUGGAUGCCCCAAGUCACUGAAAGGUGGUGUGUGGUGGCCACAGACCAAGUUUGGGCUCCUGGCCACAGUGCCUUGCCCUAAAGGGUCCCUGGGUUUGCGGGGAACAGGUGCUGCCAUCCGGCGCUGUGAUGAGGACAGGGGGUGGCUGGAGCCAGACCUCUUUAAUUGUACCUCACCUGCCUUCCGGGAACUGGGCUUGCUGCUGGAAGACCUAGAGCGCAAUGAAACGGAGCUGGACACCAUCGAGGCCAAGAAGUUGGCCCAACGGCUUCGCACAGUAACUGGGCACACUGAGCGGUACUUUGGCAAUGAUGUCCACAUUGCUGCUCGUCUUUUGGGCCGGCUCCUGACCUUCGAGAGUCAUCAGCAGGGCUUUGGGUUGACUGCCACACAGGAUGCCCAUUUUAAUGAGAAUCUACUCUGGGCCGGCUCAGCUGUGCUGGCCCCUGAGACCCGUAAGCUGUGGGAUUCUCCAUGGCCACAAGCCCUAGGUGGGACCCCAGCCCGGGGGAGCAGCGCAGGCCUCAUUGAACAGCUAGAGGAGUACACAGCGACAUUGGCCCAGAAUAUGGAGCUCACAUAUUUGAACCCUGUGGGCUUGGUGGCACCUAAUAUCAUGCUUAGCAUUGAUCGAAUGGAACCUCCUGUUCCCACAUUGGGGGGACAUCGAUAUCCUCGUUACCAUGGUAGCCUUUUCCGGGGCCAAGAUGCUUGGGACCCUCAUACGCAUGUAGUGCUGCCCCCUCCAGUGCCCCGACCCCCACAGCCAGAAGCUCUGCCCACAGGUGGCAGCAGUGAUGCCAAUGGGACAACAGAGAGCGUGGCAGCCCAAGGGGGGCCCUUGGAGGCAGAACCAGGUCUCACCAUUGUUAUCCUCCUCAUCUACCGAACCCUGGGGGGGCUACUCCCUGCCCGAUACCAGGCAGAACGCCGAAGUGUUAGGCUUCCCCGGAACCCAGUCAUGAACUCUCCAGUGGUCAGUGUGUCCGUGUUCAGGGAGCGCAGCUUCCUGCAGGGUGUUCUGGAGUCACCUAUCACCCUUGAGUUCCGCCUGCUGCAGACGGCAAAUCGAAGCAAACCCCUCUGUGUACAGUGGGAGCGGCCCAGCCAGAGCGACCCUUGGGGUGUGUGGACAGCCCGUGAUUGUGAGCUUGUGCACAGGAAUGGUACCCAUGUACGUUGCCAGUGUUCCCGGCUUGGUACUUUUGGGGUGCUCAUGGAUGCUUCCCAUCGAGAGCGUCUGGAAGGUGACCUGGCCCUCCUGGCGGUAGUUACUCAUGUGACCGUGUCAGUGACCGUGGCUUCCUCGCUCCUGACCGUGGCUGUCCUGCUCAGCCUUCGAGGCCUCAAGUCCAACACCCGUGGGAUCCACGCUAACGUGGCUGCAGCUCUGGGCCUGGCAGAGCUGCUCUUCUUCCUGGGGAUUUACCGCACCCACAACCAGGUGCUUGGCUAGGGGGGGAGGGUCCAAAGCCAGAAAGCUGUCUGAGGCCUGGUGGUGGUGAUGGCAGGGAAUUUGGGGGAAAGGUGGGCAGAAGAAGCGGGGGUCCACCCUGGGGAGCUGAGUUUACCUUCUGAUUUCCUCUCUUUUCUCCAGUUCCUGUGCACUGUGAUUGCCAUAGUCCUACAUUACCUCUUCUUGGGCACCUUCUCCUGGCUCUUUGUGCAGGGGCUGCACCUCUAUCGCAUGCAGGCAGAGGCUCGAAAUGUGGACCUUGGGGCAAUGCGCUUCUACUAUGCUCUGGGCUGGGGUGUUCCAGCCAUCCUUCUGGGCCUUGCCGUAGGCCUUGACCCUGGGGGCUACGGGAACUCGGACUUCUGUUGGAUUUCCAUCCAUGAUAAACUGGUUUGGAGCUUCGCUGGUCCUAUUGUCCUGGUCAUUUCGAUGAAUGGGGUCUUGUUCCUGCUGGUGGCAAGGAUGUCCUGCUCCCCUGGGCAGAAGGAAGCCAAGAGGACGUCUGUGCUCUCCUUCCUGCUGCUCCUGCUCAUCAGUGCCUCCUGGCUCUUCGGUCUUCUGGCGGUCAACCAUAGCGUCCUGGCCUUCCACUACCUCCAUGCUGGGUUCUGCGGCCUUCAGGGCCCAGCUGUGUUGUUGCUUUUUUGUGUCCUGAAUGAGGAGACCCGAGGGGCCUGGGCUUCAGCCUGUCUGGGCAGGAAAGCUGGAACAGAGGAGGCAAGGCCGGCUGCGGGCACGGCCCCUGGUGCUUACAACAACACAGCCCUCUUUGAGGAAAGUGGCCUCAUCCGCAUCACUCUGGGGGCCUCCACAGUGUCUUCUGUUAGCAGUGCUCGGUCAGCCAGGACACAGGACAGUCAGCGGGGCAGAGGUGGCCUCCUCAGGGAGAAUGUUUUGGCAAAACAUGGCUCAGCCGCUGAUCACACUGACAGGAGCCUCCUGGCCCACGGUGGGCCCACAGACCUGGAUGUGGCCAUGUUCCAUCGGGACGCUGGGGGAGGCAUGGACUCAGACUCAGACAGUGACCUGUCCCUGGAGGAAGACCGCAGCUUGUCCAUCCCAUCCUCAGAAAGUGAGGAUAACGUCCGGCCCCGUGGCCGAUUCCAGCACCCUCUUCGACGGGCGGCCCACAGUGAACGGCUUCUCACUCACCCAGCCAGCAGCACUCCCAAAGAUGUGGACGGUAACGACCUACUGUCCUACUGGCCGGCCCUGGGGGAUUGUGAGGUGCACCCCUGCUCCCUGCAGACCUGGGGAUCUGAGCGUCGACUUGGGCUGGAUACCAGCAAGGAUGCGGCCAACAAUAACCAGACUGAACUGGCACUAACCAGUGGGGAUGAGAACACAAUCAGCCACACCCAGCUCAGCCACACCCAGCGACAGAGGAAAGGUAUACUGAAGAACCGCCUGCAAUACCCAUUGGCUCUACAUGGGCUUCCUUCUGCCAGUGCUCGAGGGGCUCCUGAGCUGGCCUGGUACCGGUCCUCUACCUUGGGCCACCGGGCAGUACCGGCUGCCUCCUAUGGCCGCAUCUACUCUGGCACAGGUAGCCUCUCCCAGCCAGCUAGUCGCUACUCUUCUCGGGAACAGUUGGAUCUGCUGCUUCGUCGGCAGAUGUCUCGAGAACAGCUGGAGGAGGCCACCCCUCUUCCCAUGUACUCCACUAGCCGCCAUGGCUCCCGGGAACAGCUGGAGAGGGUCUCUAGCUGUCAUAGCUCUCGGGAACACCUGGAAACCAUCCCUAGCCGCCAUGCCUCCCGGGAGCAUCUGGAGUCCAUUCCCAGUCGCCAUGGCUCCCGGGAACAUCUGGAGACCAUUCUCAGUCGCCAUGGCUCCCGGGAACAUCUGGAGAGCUCCAAUAGCCGACAUGGCUCCUGGGAACAUCUAGAAGCCUGUCUUGGAGGCCCAGAGCCAAGGUUCCGGGGGAGCACACUGCCUCGCAGGCAGCCACCCAGGGACCAUCUCGAUUCCCUGGCCACCCGGUUUGGUUCCCGGGAGCCCCUGGACUCUGGGGCAUCUCAGGAGUGGCCAAGCCCACUGCCCCACCUCAGGGGCUCCAGAGACCAGCUCUUGCCUACAAGUCAGAGGUCCCGGGAACAGCUGGAUUGCUUAGCUAGAAGCUCAAACUCUCCAGAACAGCUGGACAUGAGGCCCUGUCGGCAUCCAUCAAGGGAGAACCUGGAACCCCUCUCUAGGCAGCUCCUGUCAAGGGAGAAUGUGGCGGCCUGUCCAAGCAGGCCCCCUUCCACUGAACAGUUAGACAUCCUCUCCUCCAUUCUGGCCUCCUUCAACUCCUCUGCUCUCUCCUCCUCUGUGCAGUCCUCCAGCACGCCUUCAGGCCCUCACACCACCGCUACGCCUUCUGCCACAGCCUCAGUACCAGGGCACUCCACACCUCGCUCAGCUACAUCCCAUAGUAUCUCAGAGUUGUCACCAGACUCAGAGCCUAGGGACACACAGGCCUUAUUGGCUUCUCAGGAUCUGUCUAUGGAGAAGCCGGAGGUGGAGCCGGGUCCCCUGCAAUGUGACUAUCAUGUGGACCGACGGGUACUAAAUGAGCAGGCGCUGGAGGAGAUGGGGCAGAGGAGCCAGAGCCCAAAGGCUUCCCGAUGGUGUACUCCACCCAGAUGUUCAAAAGCUGUAGCCUGGGCUGUCCUACGCCGCUUCCUGCCCAUCCUGACCUGGCUGCCCAAGUACCCAGCACGCGAGUUUCUCCUGGGGGACCUGCUGUCUGGCCUCAGUGUGGGCAUCGUCCAGCUGCCACAGGGACUGGCCUAUGCCCUCCUAGCUGGGCUGCCUCCUGUCUUUGGCCUCUAUAGCUCUUUCUACCCUGUCUUUGUCUACUUUUUAUUUGGUACCUCCCGGCACAUUUCUGUGGGGACCUUUGCUGUUAUGUCGGUGAUGGUGGGCAGUGUGACUGAGGCCCUGGUUCCCAAUGAUGCUUUCCCAGACUUGGGAAAUAGUACAGUGAAUGUGACAGCCAGAGAUGAUGCCCGCGUGCAAGUGGCCUCAGCCCUGAGCCUUCUAGUUGGUGCUUUCCAGAUAGGACUGGGCCUGUUACAGUUUGGCUUCAUGGUGACCUACCUGUCAGAACCACUGGUUCGUGGCUAUACCACGGCCGCCUCUGUCCACGUGCUUGUGUCCCAGCUCAAGCAUGUGUUUGGCCUCAAUCCUGAAGACUUUUCGGGGCCCCUGUCCUUGAUCUAUGCACUGUUGGAUAUCUUCUGGAAGCUGCCAAAAAGCAAUGUGGGCACCAUAGUCACUGCUUUCAUAGCUUCCAUCCUGCUCCUGGCCAUGAAGAUUAUGAACCAAAAACUGGGCCGGAAGCUGCCCAUGCCUAUACCGGGUGAACUCAUCAUGCUCAUCGGAGCCACAGCGAUCUCUUAUGGAGUCGGCCUGCAAGACAAGUUUGGGGUGGGCAUCGUGGGUGACAUCCCUGCAGGACUGGUGCUUCCUCGGUUGCCUGACCACCACCUUUUUGGAAAGUUAGUGGGGAAUGCAUUUGCCAUCGCUGUGGUUGGUUUUGCUAUUGCCAUCUCCCUUGGCAAGAUCUUUGGAAUGAAGUAUGGCUAUGAGGUGGAUAACAACCAGGAACUGAUUGCUCUUGGCCUCAGUAACUUCGUUGGCAGCUUUUUUCACUGUUUCCCUAUAAGCUGCUCCAUGUCCCGGAGUUUGGUGCAAGAAGGUUCAGGGGGGAACACACAGAUUGCUGGGGCUGUCUCCUCACUCCUCAUCCUGAUUGUCAUUGUCAAGCUGGGGGAGCUUUUUUAUGCCCUUCCCAAAGCUAUUCUGGCUGCUAUUAUCAUUGUCAACCUCAAGGGCAUGUUCAUCCAGUUUUCUGAUAUUUGUUAUCUAUGGAAGGCGAACAGGGUGGACCUGAUGAUCUGGUUGGUGACCUUUGUGGCCACCAUCUUGUUGAACCUGGACAUUGGUCUGGCUGUUGCUGUAGCCUUUUCCCUGAUUUCUGUCAUCUUCCGCACCCAGUUACCACAUUACUCUAUCCUGGGGCAGGUGCCAGACACGGACAUUUACAGAGAUGUGACUCAAUACAAGGAGGCCAAGGAAGUUCCAGGAGUGAAGAUUUUCAGCUGUUCAGCCACCUUGUACUUUGCCAACGCUGAGUUCUACAGGCAGGCCCUCAAGGACAAGAUUGGUCUGGAUGUGGACCACCUCAUCGCCAAGAAGAAGAAACUGAUCAAGAAGCAAAAAUGGAAGACAAAGAGAUUGCAGAAGGAAGAAAACCGACAGAAGAAAGUUGCUGCCCAAAAAGUGCCCUUAGAUUCCUCAGAACCUAAUAGUAUGAACUUUAAAUUUGAGGAAAUGGAGAUUGGGAAUGCCAAGGAGCCCAGUGUCCAGGAUGGUGUUGUGGACCAGCCACAUAAGGCAGUGGUCAAUGACAAAGGGUCCAUGCUCACCCUGGAGACACUGGGCCUCCCCCAGCCCCACUUCCACACACUUAUUUUGGAUUUGGGGGCCUUCAACUUUGUGGAUACUGUGUGUAUCAAGACCUUGAAGAAUAUUUUCCGUGAUUUCCAGGAGGUUGAGGUGAAUGUGUAUUUGGCUGGCUGUCAUGGCACUAUGAUCACCCAAUUUGAGUCUGGGAACUUCUUUGGAGACUCCAUUACCAAGGGCCACCUCUUUGUUUCCAUCCAUGAUGCUGUCACCUUUGCCCUUAUGCGAUCAAGACAACAAACGACACAGAUUAACCUGGCCACUAGAAUGUGACACCCCUCCAAGCUGCUGUUGCUGUGUGACCUACACACCCCUUGAUGGGGGUAUGGGGAGAUUCAUAACUUGCUCUGUGGAGAGAGAUGUCCUCUUCCAUCCUCACGGAGCAUCACCCUCCUCUUCAGCACUUCAGGAUGGAGACUUUGGAGUCUGGAUGUGGGGGACAUCGAGCCAAGACAUGCGGCUAGAUGGAAGUGUCCUUACUCUGGCCCAGCCCAACUGCACAUUGCUGUUGAGUGGCUGGGGACAGGUUUUAUAUGUCUUUAUGAGAAUAAAGUA